AGAAUUGGUGUAGCACCAACCACAUGAAAUUAUAAUUUCAGCUUCUUGAAUUUGUGGCGUCGCUGCAAAAAUGGGGUAUUUGGGCGUGGCUGGGAAUGGCGGCAUCUGGGGAAUGGGUCCAUUUCACCAUAAUUUUCGGCGGCGGAGUAAUAAGAAAAGAGAAUCGAAACCCUCCAAUUCAGUAGACUCCGCCGCUGCCGGCGGUUACCAGUUCCCGCUCCAGCAGGCCGCCACCAGCUCCGUCCUUUGCUUGACCGGAGACACCAUUGCCCAGCUCCGCCACCGCUGGGUCAGAAACAAGGAUACUCUCGCCAAUUCUGGAGAUAUCAAGGAUAUCAUAACCACACUUUCCUCUGAACACGACUAUAUCCGAGCCCUCCGGAUGUCUUCAUAUGGAUUUCUGCUCUAUGGUCCUGGUUCAUAUGCAUGGUACCAACUCCUUGAUCAUUUUAUGCCACAGAAAAAUUUUCAGAACCUGACGGCAAAGGUCGUGUUGAAUCAAGUCGUGCUAGGUCCGACUGUAAUUGGUGUUAUUUUUGCGUGGAAUAAUUUAUGGCUAGGGAAACUCUCUGAACUUCCGGAUAAAUACAAGAACGAUGCCCUCCCUACCCUACUUACAGGUUUUAAGUUCUGGAUUCCGGUCAGUAUACUGAAUUUCGGGGCGGUUCCUCUUCAAGCGCGCGUUGCUUUUAUGUCGAUAUCAUCUAUAUUCUGGAACUUCUAUCUGUCUUCGACAAUGAGCAGAUGACUUCUGCUCGACUUUAGUAUGAAUACGCCAACAGGUCUCGUUUUAACCACGAGAUCGGAAACUGGUUGGACUAUAGUUUUUUAGGCGCUAGACCUUUUGGUGCGCCUCGGUUUUAAAUAUCAAUUUUCCUUCUCAUGUUUGUAGAUUUUAGUUUCUUCACCAUUGAAAACAAGCACAUUUUCUGGAGUUCAUAAUCUGCAAUGUGAAACUCUCUGCAUCAUCCUUUUCUCUUCUGUUUUAAUGGAAUAGUUUUGAACCA